AUGAAUGGGGUGAGUGACGAUGCUAUCACAUUAAGUUUGUUCCCAUUCUCACUAAGGGAAAGAUCCAAGAGUUGUUUAAACUCUCUGCAGGCCAACUCUAUUAACACUUGGGAGGAGCUAGCACAAAAGUUUCUCGCAAAGUUCUUUCCUUCAUCAAAGGCUGCAAGGUUGAGAGGACAAAUCAAUAACUUCUUCCAGAAUGAUGGGGAAUCAUUAUAUGACACAUGGGAGAGGCUUAAAGAAUUGUUGAGGAAGUGUCCCCAUUACGGCAUUGAGAAGUGGUUGAUGGUCCACAAUUUCUAUAAUGGGUUGUGCAAUACUACACGCACCAUCAUAGAUGCUGCAGCAGAAGGAGCAUUCAUGGGAAAGAGUGCUAAUGAGGCCUAUGCAUUGUUGGAAGAAAUGGCCAUGAAUAACUGCCAAUGGCCUGAUGAAUGGGCUACUAGUAACAGAAAAGUAGUUGGGAUUCAUGAAUUAGAUGUUAUCACAGCACUAACUGCUCAAGUUGCCACCUUAACUAAGCAGUUGCAGAAAAAUAGUAUUUCAGAUCAAGCAAUGCAGAUGCAGACGGUGUGUGACAGGUGUGGAGGUUCUCGCCAAUUUGAGCAGUGUAUGGCAGUAGAGGUGAAUAAUGUUAUCCCUAUGGAGCAAGUGAAUAUGAUGGGGAAUUUUAAUAGGCAAGCCAACAACCCUUUCUCUACCACUUACAACCUAGAGUGGAGGAAUCACCCUAAUUUUUCAUGGAGAAAUAAUCAAGGGCCUCGAAAAAAAAUUCAGCAACCCAUUUCUCAAGCUCCACCUCAAGAAAUGUCACAACCACCGGUUUCUCUAGAGAAGACAAAUGAAUUACAAGUUGCACUAUUGACUUUGACCAACUCACAAGCUCAGUUUAUGACUAAAACUCGGCCAUCCAUCAGAAAUCUUGAAAUGCAAGUGGGCUAA